CAUAAAUAUACCUAUCGUCUUCCUAUAAAUUUAUUACUCUUUUAAUUGAACGAAAUUUGAUCGAACAAUCAGCUUUUUACAGUACUUUAAGUCUGUCAAGACGGCUGUAGAGGGUUAUUUGUUGAAGAUAAAACGUUUUAAUAAAGGAAACUCAUCCAACUGAGAAAUAGAAUCGUUCACCAAGAUGACGGAUGCAGAUCGUGGCCUCCUUUAUCUCUUUGACCGGCCGGCUGAGCCGGUCUACGUUCCCAAAGGGGAGAUGAAAGUUGCAUUUCAAAUUCCAACAGAAUAUCUGCCAGAUAGAUAUCGUGGAGUAGCUGUACAAGUUCUCAAUCGAUUCAGUGAUGAUGCAGAUAUGAAAAUCCCUGUGAAAGAGAUCAGCUUACCAGAUUUAAGCAUCCCAAUGCAACUUGAUAGACGUACACCAUUCUCACUCUUCAUUCCUGCUCACCGGAAAAUUGCAGGCCGGCUUAUUGAUAUCUUCUUAGGGAUGCGCACAAUCGAGGACUUCCUGUCAGUUGCUGUUUAUUGUCGUGAUCGACUCAAUCCUAACAUGUUUAUCUACGCUCUAUCUGUUGCCAUUCUUCAUCGUCCUGACACCAAGAACCUGCCAAUUCCUUCUUUGGCUGAAGUUUUUCCCGAUAAGUAUAUGGAUAGUGGCAUUUUUUCCAGAGCUAAAGAAGAAGCUAACGUCGUUCCACCAGGAUCUCGUAUCCCGAUAGAAAUUCCUCGAGAUUAUACAGCGUCUGAUCUAGAUGAAGAACAUCGUGUUGCUUAUUGGCGGGAAGAUGUAGGUAUCAAUCUUCAUCACUGGCAUUGGCAUCUUGUCUAUCCAUUUGAAGCUGAUGCAAGAAUUGUCAAUAAAGAUCGACGUGGAGAACUUUUUUAUUAUAUGCAUCAACAAAUUAUGGCAAGAUACAACUGUGAACGUCUUUGUAAUAAAUUGAACCGAGUCCAACGAUUGAAUAAUUUGCGAGAACCAAUACCAGAGGGCUACUUUCCUAAAUUAGAUUCAUUGGUAGCAGGUCGUACAUGGCCUUCUCGUCCUGCUGACACUAGACUCAAAGACAUCAACAGACCAGUUGAUUCACUGAGAUUUGAUAUUCAGGACCUGGAAAGAUGGAGAGACCGUAUCUACGAUGCUAUUCAUACUGGAACCGUAGAAACCUCGAGAGGCCAAAGAAUGCAAUUGACUGAAAAAGGAGGAAUUGAUGUUCUUGGGAAUAUUGUAGAGGCCAGCAUUCUCACACCCAAUCCAAAUCUUUAUGGAGACUUUCACAAUCUUGGUCAUGUUUUAAUUUCUUAUUGCCAUGAUCCUGAUCAUCGUUAUUUGGAAUCUUUUGGAGUGAUGGGUGAUUCAGCAACAGCAAUGAGAGAUCCAGUAUUUUACAAAUGGCAUGCAUUUAUGAAUGAAAUCUUUUUGGAGCAUAAAAAUACCUUACCAGCAUAUACCAUUUCUCAGCUUGGAUUCCCUGGAGUCGAAGUGGCUGGCAUUCAAGUAAUCAGCCCCAACCAAUCUCUCAACACUCUAUCAACAUUUUGGAACCAAAGUGACCUGGAUCUCUCUAGAGGUCUCGAUUUUACUCCACGUGGAGCAGUACUUGCAAGGUUUACUCACUUAAACCAUGCUCCAUUCGUGUAUAGAAUUCAAGUAAAUAAUCGGAAUAGCAGUUCGCAAAUGGGAACAUGUAGAAUUUUCAUUGGUCCCAAGUAUGACGAACGCCGGCUUCCAUUCACCUUCUGGACUCAGAAGGAUCUUAUGAUUGAAAUGGACAAAUUUACUGUUAAUUUGAAGCCAGGAGAAAACAUCAUCGAGCGCAGAUCAACAGAAUCAUCAGUGACGAUUCCAUUUGAAGCGACCUUCCGUAAUUUAGAUGAAAAUCGACCAGUCGGUGGAGAUGCUCUAGAGCGAUUUAACUUUUGUGGAUGUGGAUGGCCACAGCAUAUGCUUUGUCCUCGUGGAAAUAAGGAAGGAUUCCCUAUGGACCUCUUUGUCAUGAUUUCAGACUACAAGGACGAUGUGGUUGAACAGGAUGAGCCAAGAGGUUGCAAAAAUGCAGCGAGUUAUUGCGGAUUGAGAGAUCGCAAGUAUCCGGAUGCUCGUGCCAUGGGUUAUCCAUUUGACCGUCGACCACGCAGUGGGGCUGAAAGCUUGCGGCAAUUCCUGACCGCGAAUAUGGCAGUGACGGAGAUAACUGUGAGAUUCAAUGAUGCUGUGUUGCCACGAGCUCGAUCUGGCAGUAUUGAUAAUGGUUUGACUUUCGCUUAAACAUAUUAAUUAAUGAAUUCGAUAAAUUAUGUGGCCUCGGACAUAAAUAUUGAUUAAUAUUAAAAUACCUUUCUCUUCAUCUAUUGUAUGUUAAUUGAGUAGUCUUUCAAAUUCUAUUCAA